CCCAGACACAAUAAGAAGAAAAGAGAGACAAAGAGGAGGAGGGCGAGCGAGGCACCAUGCUGAGGAGGAAGAGGAGCGUGUCGUUCGGAGGCUUCGGAUGGAUUGAUAAGUCUACAGUCAGCACUCUGAGAGCUCGCAAACAGGAGCUCCUCGCCAUCUCCAAUGUUCCUGUGGCUGACGCCCCCCCCUCUCCGCCCCGCACCGCACCCCCCACCAUGAAGUCGGCUCACUUCUUUGACAUGAUGGACAAGAUGGAGGACGACUACAUUCCUUAUCCGAGGAUCGAGGAGGUGUUGGAGAGGGGGGGGCCGUACCCUCAGGUGAUCCUACCUGAGUUUGGAGGCUACUGGAUCGAGGAUCCUGAUGCUCCUCCUCCCUCUGCAGCCAGCAGGGGGAAGGAGGAGGUGGAGGAGGAAGGAAGACAAGAGGAAGAGACCGCCCCAGGGGAUUAUGGGUACCAUCUGGAGGAGAUCAACGAGGCUGCUCGGGCGUACAGGAAGCACUUCUUGGGCAGGGAGCAUUUAAACUUCUCGUGCUCAUCGAGCAGCGUGGGAAACCUGCUGCUGUCUGUGAGACACGAGCAGGAGAAGGAGCACGAGCACCUCCUCGUCAUCAUCAGAUCUCGGGUGAAAAGCGUCUACCACAGAUUAUCUCUGGCAGAGCUGCCGGACAUCCCAAGUGUACCAGAGCUGGCCAAGCUGCUGUGCGACGAAGCGGCAGGUCUACGGUUCAGUCCCGUCCUGUACCCAAAGGCAUCUCAGCUAAUAGUGAACUAUGAUGAGCAUGAGGUGAACAACACCUACAAGUUUGGAGUCAUUUACCAGAGAUUUGGUCAGGUGUCUGAGGAGGAGCUGUUCAGGAACAACGAGGAAACGCCGGCUUUCACAGAGUUCCUGCAGCUGCUGGGAGACACAGUGGAUCUGCAGGACUUCAAAGGGUUUUCGGGGGGUCUGGAUGUGUCUCACGGUCAGACGGGGUCUCAGUCCAUCUACACGGUCCACCGGCAGCAGGAGAUCAUGUUCCACGUGUCCACCAAACUGCCCUUCACCGAGGGAGACGCCCAGCAGCUGCAGAGGAAACGGCACAUCGGAAAUGACAUCGUGGCGCUGGUUUUUCAAGAAGAGGCCACCCCUUUUGUCCCCGACAUGAUCGCCUCCAACUUCCUCCACGCCUUCAUCGUGGUGCAGGCGGAGGAGCCGUGCUCUGAGACCACCUCCUACAAGGUUUCCAUCACAGCGCGAGAGGACGUCCCGCCCUUUGGCCCGCCCCUCCCCGCCCCUGUCUUUAAAAAGGGUCCAGAGUUCAGAGAGUUUCUUCUCACCAAACUCAUCAACGCAGAGCUGGCCUGCUACAAGAGCGACCGCUUCGCCCGACUCGAGGAGCGAACCCGCGCCGCCCUCCUGGACAGCCUCCACGACGAGCUGCAGAGACGCUCCCAGAGCAUGCUGGGAUUGACGUCAGGGCCGGAGGAGGAGGGCCGAGGGGAGAACGGACAGGCCCACGGAGGACUGCUGGAGUCCAUCAAGAGGGCGAUGCGAGGGAGGAGCGUCUCCAUGGAGACCAUGUCGAGGGGCGGGGUUGGACUGCCCACCAGUUUGAGUGGGGGGGUCUGGCACACCUGAACGUGGAGUGUAACGUCAAGUCUCCCGUGAAGCGGCGCUCGGGACUUUUUCCUCGCCUGCUGAGCGUCGACAGCCAAACAGAGAAGCACAGCCAGAGG